AUGAUACGACAAGCAUUUUUCGUUGUAACAAUCUCUUUAAUAUUUCUAGAAAUUCACAGAACAAACUCGUAUAAAACGUUAAAGGAUUUGAAGGAGCAAUAUAAGAAAAUUGAGAAUGACGAUUUCACUACGUCGGACGUUCUUGUUGGCAAAGCGAUGGAUUUUAUUUACUCAAACAAAACUAUAAUGAGUCUAAUAGCCAGAGAAUUGUGGAACGUCGGCUCGAAGGCUAUUGACAGAAUUGUCGAUAUGAAAGGUCCAGGUCACAAGAGAUAAAAAGAAGAUAUAUGCAGCUACGCACCUGAAACCAUAAAAUAAUAAAUAUAUUUUAUUGCAUGUAAAUACAUUUAACAAAAACAUUGUGUUUAUUU